GCGCGUGGGGCGCGUCGUGCAUCUUGGCCGAUGUUGAGCUGAAAACAAGGAGCGCACGUUUAUUCUAUGCGCACGUCUUUUGUUGUGCGAAGUCUUGUAGUUUCAGUUGCUUCGUAUUUCUGUGCUUAUCUCCGUCCCGCGGAGGUACCGUGCUUGGCGCCGAGACAAUGGUCAACGACGUAGCUUUGUUUGUGUUUUCGCUCUUCGACACGGGAGCUCUGCUAUUCCUUACCGUUUACGUCGUGAUUACACUUUCUGAUUUAGAAUGCGACUACCUCAACGCUCAGCAAUGCUGUUCCAAGCUGAAUGGGUGGGUCCUACCAGAGGUGAUCGCGCAGGCCAUCCUGACCGUUCUGCUGUUUUUCGUCAACUUCCAUUGGAUUUUGUUUGCACUCAAUGUCCCCAUGGUCGUGUGGCAGGUUUACAAGUACCUCUCGGUACCUGACUGCAACUUCGGCGUGUAUGACCCAACGGAGAUCCACAACCGGGGCAACCUCAAGCGGCAUCUGCGAGACUCCAUGAUCCGUCUGGCCUUCUACCUCAUCUUCUUUUUCAUCUAUCUCUACUGUAUGAUCAUCGCCUUGCUGACGUCAAAUCCCGACACAAGGCGGGAGACCUACUAGGAGGUGUGAACCAGAUUUCUUCUCCUUUUCAGUAUCUCCCAAAUACAAAUGGAGCAUCUGUCCCGCGGACCGCGUCAGAGAAGCUCCCAUUUCAAGAGCCAGAGUCAAGGAGAUCUUGCCACAAGCCUGUUUGUGGUUUGUGCACCUGCACAAGAGGGGUUGGCGGCCACUGCCAGGCUCAAGGAAGUCAACGGAACUGGUUGUCUCAACAGUCGGCAAUACUCUCAUGUUGUUUUCAUGCCGAAUUGCAUUUUUUUUUCCCUCUCUCUUAUCGUUUCACUAGGUUUACGGCCCUCUUCAUUUCAAACCAUGCCUGCCCCGUGCCAUCGGAAACGCCUGCUUCAGUGUGGCAGCUCGUGUGCCCUGGUUCUAGAGCUUGACACUUCAGUGAAAUGGCGUGUUCCUUCCUUUGAGACCUCUGAAGUGAAGACACUUUUCAGCUGUCAUGGCAAUUCGGGAGUGUUGGCAUGCCAUUACUGAGAUAUAGUGUCAUAGUGUAAGUAGCGCAUGGGUAAGAAUAAAGAAUAGUUGAAACAGUGCGCUAUUUCUCGGCUAUUCUUUGUCAUUCCCCAUGUGAUUGCGCUGCGAGAGAGAGAAAAAACAUUUAUUUCAACCAUGGAGGUCGUUGCUCUUGAGGUUGAGUGUGUGGUGUCCUCAUUCCAGCACACCACUGCCCGUGGUUGCUCGACAAACUUGCUGAAUGAGCGCUUCUUGGCCCACCAGGGUAUCGCUCAAAUGACGAGCUAGGCAUCUUUAAGUGUUGAGGUUUGCCCCCGCACCCUCACGAGAUGUGGAAGAGCAUAUGGCCUGUGUUGCCGCACCAGGGGCAGAUGCUGCGAUAUGUUCGUGGGUACGUUUUGCGCUAUGAACAUACUCUUAGCUGUCACUUGUCCGUCGCGAUAACUCUGCACCCAAGUACAGGUUGAUAUAGCAGCUCUGGUUAUUGAAUCUGUACCUUUGUAACCAUAGCACUGUUCAGAGGAGCAAAAAUGCCCUUUCUGACUAAUUCUGGCUUCCAUUGGGCUAUUGAUUUCUCGACUGUAUGCUGAAAUUUGAUGUAUAUUUCGAGUAAAUGGCAUGCUGUUUUAGCCUGGUAUCAUCGGUAUGCAUGUACCGUGCAUCUGUAGUCUAAGUUUGUUUACCGCCAGCACUUUUUACUGUGGUGUGUGUCUGUUCACUUCUUAGGCUACACGUGCGUGAAUUUGUUGCCAAAGGUGCAUGAGCUAUAGAAGCCAAACAGAGAUUCAGUGAUAUUGUGUUGCAUCAGCCCUCGGUAGUCUGGUUGUCUCUCUUCUUAUUAGUGUUGCUCGACUUGCCUUGUUUCAGUCCUGUGCAAAUUAGCACAUAUUUGCGGUGAUAUUUUAUUAUACGCACUGUCAGUGAUGUGAUUUAUCCUCUGGGCUACUUUACUUCUCUCGUGCCUGCUCAAUUUCGAACUACCCUGUAAAUGGUUGUCCCUCAAUGUCUUUUUGGUGUGCUGUGACAUUGUCUACUCAGCUUUACCAAGAUUAUGGUAAUUGCUCUGGGUACUGCUUAACAUGGUUGUUUUCGAGUUGAGAUUGCUUACAGCUAUAGGCAGUUAACUCUGAAGAAUAUGGUACUGGCCCUGACCACUGCUUAAUGUGGUUAUUCUCUAGUUCAGAUUGCUUACAGUUACAGGCAGCUAACUCUGAGAAUAUCAAAUGUCAUGAAUAACUAGUCUGAACAAGCUUGCCGCAUGUUCACACAAACUACAAGGUAUAAAAUGCAACAUUUUUUUUUCUUUAUUCUUUUUUAAACUCUAUGGGCAUUCCUUUAGACCAUGUCAGUUCUAAUGCACCACAGCUCUGUUCCUAGCUUGUGAAAAUGUAAGGAAGUAGAAGCUUGGGAUGCACAUUUUAAACAAUGGAAAGUUAAGACUGUGAAGUUGUUUACUUUUCAGUGUGCUUUGUAUCGAUGAAGUGAGUGAGUUGUGAUUGCAAGCAGCCAUGAGUGCCAAGCAUUCCUUCUGAUGAGAGUUUACUUUGGGUGACAUGUUUGAGCAUUAUCUGUUUGUAGGUCUUGCCGCCAGUGAAUGAACUAGCAUUGAACUUGAACCAGCCAGUAGCAUAUCUGAGGGUUUUGUCCUUCUUUAUUACUAGAAGUGUGCCUCAAUGAUGUGCAUUUUUGCGAGUGUUUUAGUGUUAGGUAUGCCAGCUUUUGUAGUAGUUUGCAGAAAUGAAGAAAGAAAAAUGUAAGUGGUGACUGGUACAAAUUCUGGUUAGUGCGUGCCUGAUUUGUCAAUUUUUGAGCAUGAAGCCAGCUGCAGUUUCCCAUACGUCUUACCGCUUAUACUUCUUGGGCACAGUCGCGGGCACACUUCUUGUAGGCUGUGAGCAUCGUUAGGACUACUGCACCUUCUACCAAAUAUUGUGUUGAUAAAGGGAGUCUGGAGUAAGCACUUCUGGCUGAACCAUUAACUGGUAUGCACUGUUAUUUGUAUCGGAGGCAACAUUCCUCAGUGCAUUUUCUUAACACCAUGCACUAGUACUGGCUUGUUUCACCCGGAAUAAAUUGGAAUUGUACGUCUGCACUGACGUUAACUCAAAAUGUAGAUUUUCUCAACAAUGGGUAGUGGCGCCAUCUGUCACUGUUGUGGUGAAACACGGUGCCAGCUGGAUUUUGCUGUUGCAGUAUAACAAGCUACACCAUCUUUCCUUUCUAACCGGAAAAAAUCUGAUUUUCAUUUAACAACACCAUAGGUGAUGUGCAUUCUUACUUCUCCUGAACAAAUGGGCAAGUGCCGAAUUGAAACACGAUUUUAAACAAAAUAAACGGUGAACUUUCACAUCAGAGUAAACUUUGAGUUUGACCUAGCUGGGUGCUAUAGCCAGAGCCAGUUAUACCUGGCUCACUUACCUAAACAUAGGUUCGGAAUGUCAACUACAAUGCAGUGGACAAAGAUGUUUGUACAGACGUCAUCAGUAACCAGCUAUAUUAGAACCCCUGGUUUCGAGCUGGGUUGCAUUAAAUAAAAUGUGUGCUGUAUGUACAUUGAAGUAUGACAUUUUGUGCGACUUUUAUGUAUCCAGUUUGUAUGUGCUAUGGUUCAUACUGGUUGUACUCUCCGCUCAGCUCAUGUAACACUUCCUGCUAGUCCUAGCAUGACGAUUCUGCUGUGCUUGUGUGUCGUGUGAAUCAAGCGUGCAGUCAACACUUGCUGAAAUUCAGGCCAUGCUUGUACUGUGGCAGUUCGGCUGCUAGCAACAAUGUCGAGUAGUUAUGUGCAGUGAAAACGUGGCCGCACUCACUUCUGCUUUGUUUCUUACAAGCUGACAUUCAUCUGGAUCAGCUUCGCCUCCACUUGACAUUGGGGCUGCUCGAUUUCUAUGAUCAUUGUUAGAGCUGAGCAAUGUCCAGUCUUAAUCAUUCUGAAUCACAGUAGAGCAUUAAUCAGUUCAGGCAGGUUUCGGUAGCUAUUUCCAUACAUCUUGCAUGGUUCAAUUCUUGCAUGUAUGUAGAUGAACCCUUAUUCUAUCGAUUCAGCGCUCUUUUACUGUCAUUCUUUGGCCAGAUGUCACCUUGACAUGCUCGUACAUGCAGCGUCUGCUAUGUGGUUAUUUGUUUUUGGUUACUGCUGUGCCUCUGUACUACUUAUUAUUCACUUAUUUUCAGACUGCAGUCUGUGGAGUUGGAUAUUGGUGCUUGUCUGGUGUUGUGCUCAUUUCUUCGGUCAUGCCCACUGCAGGCAUCUUUCCACUGUUGUGAAAUUUACAUGUGAUGAUGUUCAUUAUUGGUUUCUGUAGGGUGUGGCAUUAUUAAUUUGUUCCUGCCCGAUUGGUUCGUAUUUUGUGGCAUUUCCUCCUUUCUUUCGGACUUAUUCUUAUCAUAUUAGCUGCACCGAGCAGGUGAUGAUGACAUUACGGUGGCACACAAGCCUAUGCAGAAGGGCUAAAAUAGUGGUGAAAGAAAAAAAAAAAAAGGAAUUGCAAUAUGUCAGCCCUCUUUUUUGUUGUCUAUACUGCUCACAGCCAAAAUUGCAGUCUGCUGUAGCUGUGUGGCGGUCUCUGGGGUGGUUACGUGGCAGGUUGCUUUCUCGGUCUAUGUGGUACUUCAUGCUUCCAUAGCUAUGCUGGUAAAGCUGUGCCUUUCAAGUGAUGGUGUGGCAGUGGCAUAUUGGUCACAUUUCAUUUUGAAAGCUGCACGGAAUUGUGCCUAGUUGCAAUGCACUGUUCGUGUUACACCUGCUGCUGCGCUAGUGUUGGUGCCCACAUGCCAGCAUUUCACUUUUGGCACCAGCUUUUAUCCCAUUUUGCAUAUUGCGGUGGGAACAUGACCUUGUUGGACAAUUUGUGCAACUGCUCGGAUAUACAAAGGAUGUAGCGUUGGGAGCCCACGUCAGUGCGGGCUCCCGAUCUAGAGCAUUGAUACGAAGAAGCGAAAUAUGCACAAUAUGCACCGUGGCUCAAUAAAAGAGAAAUGGUUGGUCACGAAUGUGCGUGUGUGCGUGCGUGUGGUGAUGAUGGUAGUCAGGCAUGACUAUGAAAUUGUUUCUCUCUCUCUCUCUUUUUCAAUGAUGUGUACGGUCACAUCCAGCGUCUAGGUUAGAGGAACCUGGAGCCACAAUUGUUUCGUCCUCCUCUAUAACAUGUACCUGCCUGAGCUGCUUAACAUUAAUGGAAAUGAGUGAUUGAAAUCUAGUGGUCAUAUAUCUUCCCUCUCAUGUUUACAAUGGUAUCCAAAACACGCGUUCAAUAGUCAGUGAACAGUUUGCUACUGGAGAUAAAAAGGUCGAUUCAUGGUGACGAGCACCUACUAAAAUAAUGUUGAUGCAUAACUGUUGGUUCAAUAUAAGAUUCGUGCUGCUCUUAAAUGGCAUCUUUCUAUAGGUAACGGCGAGUUUCAAGAUAAGUUGUGAUAGAGCUCAAGGACCAUGGAACAGACAAAGUGGCGAUGGACAAAGAGCGUGAAAUAAAAUGCAGACUUGGAGAAGAAAUGGACAUGACACACUGUCAUGUGGAUAUUUGUAAAUCUGAAAAAAAAAAAAAAAAAACGCUUCACCCAUGGUCAUGUUUUUCUUGGAUGGGCAAUUAACUUGACUGAAGCUUGAUUGGCUCACUCUGUGUGAAUACAUUGGUUGCUGCUGCGAUUUAGUGUGCGCUUUAAAUGUUCUUCGUUCACCUGCUUUGUGUCAAACCUGGCAUGACUUCAGGUCGUGACUUUCCAGCCUUUUGCUUGUAUGUCUGCAUGUAUGAGAUGGCCCCCCCUGUACAUUCGGUGUUUCCCAGUGUUGUUUGUGUGCAGAUAGAUGGUUUUGUAGGGCUGCUCAAUGGUGAAUGUGUUUUACUGAGAAUAAACUUGUUUCUUUUUUACUA